UGAACCGUAAGUACUUCGUACUUAAUCAUGAGCUAGUCACAAAUCGCCACAAAUUACGGUAUCUAUAUAAGCAUAAUAAGUGCGGAGUACGACAACUGGUCUGAAAUUCAUCCUGUUCGUGAAUGAGAAUAAAUAACGAGAGUUAUUUACGAAAGAGAGCAAUGAAUGCGAGUAUGAAGGAAACAGUACAUAAUUUGAGCAAUGUUGUGAACAACGAGCAUAUUCAUGGGAAUGAAGAGCAGACAGUCAUCUCUGAGGAGUCGUCAGCCAAGCAGAAGUUAAGGAGCUGGCUAAAUCGACAUCUACGUAUCGAAAUGACCGACGGAAGAGUGUUAAGAGGAGCGUUCUUGUGUACGGAUCGUGAUGCCAAUGUUAUUUUGGGCUCGUGUACCGAAUAUUUGUCUACGGAGCACACAGAAGCGAGAGUCUUAGGCUUGGUGAUGGUGCCCGGUCGACAUAUUGUCUCGAUUCAUUUAGAUGUUUGAAGCAGCGCUGCUCUUGCA